UCUCAGCUUGUAAGGUUACUGUUGUUAAUAUUGCCUUUAAACGCGUUUUAUUUUAGACUGUGUUCACUGUUAUUGGUUUGUGAGAGGAUGCAGGCAAAGGGGCGGGACUGAGCGCACAGUUGGGGGGUAGGUGCGGUAGUGCGGCGUCUGAUGCGCGCAGGAAGACAACACUCACAGCUCUGGACGGACACGCUCCGGUGACACCGAAAUGCACACAAAAUGCUGCGUCCACGAGCUGUGACAAACCUUUGGAUGUGAAGAAAGGAAACCAACCACCAACGAUAACGCCCGGAAGCUCCAGACCGAAGCAGCUCGCGCAGGCAGCCUUCUUGCCGCAGAAAUCAUUCCAGCAGAGCUCUUUGCUGAUGCGCUUUGGCUGUGCAUGAGUCCCUCCGUUUGGUUUGCAGGUUCAGGACAAAACCGGGCGGUGUUGACGACCGAGUGAGGGGGAUUCAGCUUGUGUGUGCACCUUAUCCGCUUCCUCCAUUCAUCUCUUGGCACGAGCUUCAGAAUGGCGUUAACGAUCUGCACACGAUUUACCGACGAAUAUCAGCUGUUCGAGGAGCUGGGGAAGGGUGCAUUCUCUGUGGUCAGGAGGUGCGUGAAGAUCUCCUCUGGACAGGAAUAUGCUGCCAAAAUCAUCAACACCAAGAAGCUUUCUGCUAGAGAUCAUCAAAAGCUGGAGAGAGAGGCGAGGAUUUGUCGUUUAUUAAAGCAUCCCAACAUCGUAAGACUCCAUGACAGCAUAUCAGAAGAGGGUUUCCACUAUCUGGUGUUUGAUCUGGUGACAGGAGGAGAGCUGUUUGAGGACAUCGUAGCCAGGGAGUACUACAGUGAAGCUGAUGCCAGCCACUGCAUACAGCAGAUCCUGGAAAGCGUCCAUCACUGCCAUGUUAACGGGAUCGUUCACAGGGAUCUAAAGCCUGAGAACCUUCUAUUGGCCAGUAAGCUGAAGGGGGCGGCGGUCAAGUUGGCUGACUUUGGGCUGGCUAUCGAAGUACAGGGGGACCAACAGGCAUGGUUUGGCUUUGCUGGAACUCCAGGCUAUUUGUCUCCAGAAGUUCUGAGGAAAGAUCCAUAUGGGAAACCAGUGGACAUGUGGGCCUGUGGUGUCAUUUUGUACAUCCUGCUGGUGGGCUACCCUCCCUUCUGGGAUGAAGAUCAGCAUCGCCUCUACCAGCAAAUCAAGGCUGGGGCCUAUGAUUUCCCAUCCCCAGAGUGGGAUACCGUUACUCCUGAGGCCAAAGAUCUGAUCAACAAGAUGCUAACAAUCAACCCAAGCAAACGCAUCACUGCUGCCGAGGCCCUCAAACACCCCUGGAUCUGCCAACGAUCCACUGUAGCUUCCAUGAUGCACAGGCAGGAGACUGUGGAGUGCCUGAAGAAAUUUAAUGCCAGGAGGAAACUCAAGGGAGCAAUAUUGACCACUUUGCUGGUCACAAGAAACUUCUCAGCAGCUAAGAGUUUGCUCAACAAGAAGCCAGAUGGCGUUAAGGUCAACAACAAAGCCAACACAGUGACCAGUCCUAAAGAAACAGGCCCUGCCCCUGCACUGGAGCCACAGACAACUGUGAUUCACAAUCCUGUGGAUGGAAACAAGGAGUCCAUUGAGAGUGCCAACACUACCAUUGAGGAUGAAGAUGUUAAAGCCCUUCGUCUGGGCGGCUUAGUGAGCGGUAUCUUGAGUUCUAAGAGUCGUUCCUCACAGAUGUCUGACUCGAGACAGACUCCCACCUCCUCAGUUCAGACCUGCACCAAUAACAAUAAAGCUCGCAAACAGGAAAUUAUUAAAGUCACUGAACAGUUGAUUGAGUCUAUCAACAAUGGAGACUUUGAAGCCUAUGCGAAGAUUUGUGAUCCUGGUCUGACUUCCUUUGAGCCUGAAGCCCUGGGUAAUCUGGUGGAAGGACAUGACUUCCAUCGUUUUUACUUUGAGAAUGCACUGUCCAAAGGGAAUAAGCCAGUGCACACCAUCCUCUUGAACCCACAUGUCCACCUUAUUGGGGAAAAUGCAGCGUGUAUCGCUUAUAUUCGUCUGACCCAGUACAUGGAUGGUAACGGCAUGCCACGCACCAUGCAGUCCGAAGAGACCCGUGUGUGGCACCGCCGGGAUGGAAAGUGGCAGAACAUUCACUUCCAUCGCUCAGGCUCCCCCAGCAUCCCUUCCCAUUAAUGGAAUAUCAAUAAGUGGUCAACAAAAAAGAAAAAAAAAAUACAAAAAAAGAAGAAAUCCCAUCAGCAUAUCUAGUGGAGCAGUCAACUAGCCAACCCAUGACUGCUCUUUAGACCUUUGACCCUUCUAUAAGGAUAUGACGUCACACAGGACACAAAUACUAUUACAUUUUACUGUUAAGGCAUUUUAUGAAUGGACAUCCUUUGAAACCACCACAGGGUGGCUGCACACCGUAUUUGGACAUAACGACACAAGCAUAUUAAGACCUUUUUUGUUUGUUUAUUUGUUUGUUUUUUAAGAUGUUUUGGUAUGCAUUUGAAAUAUAAAAUAGAGAUGUUUAAAAAAAUUCUACUAUUGUAACCUCUCCCAGAAAUAAGUUCUGUAUUUUUAUGUGUAUUUAUGUGUGUGCAACUCAAAAAAACAUUUGGAAGAUCAGAAUGUUAAAAAUUGAGCUUGCUUUAGUUCUGGUGAUGUAUAUACAUUGUGAUUGUUGAUGAAAAGUACAUUUAAAAAGAAAAAAAAAAAAACACUGAAAUUGCUAUUCUUGCUAUCAGAGGAGUUUACGUAAAAUCCAGUUAAUGAGCUACAUUUAUGUUUGCUAUGAAUCAAGUCAUACUGUUUAAAUUGUCAGAUUUCAAACUAUAGUACUAAUUUAAAUGUAAAGAAAAGCAAAGCAGCUUACACUUUGCAUUGAGAUAUGUUUGCCUUUAUAUCAGUGAAAUAAGAAAUAAGAGAAUGUAGCAUAUAUGUAACAUAUGAAAACUAUUGUGUAGUGCAUGAUGGGGGAAGGGGGUGUUCCUAUGAGUAAGAUCAUAUGAAACUAUAAUAUCUUCUGUUUAAUUUGUCAAUCACUGAUUUGUUUGUUUCCAUUUGUUAUUGUUGUGCAUCCGUCUUUUCCCAAAUGUUUCUUAUGUCCUCCAGUAUCACAGAACUGUUGUCGAAUCAAUAAUCCACUGUUAUGGAUAGCAUCCAGUGCAAUCAAAAGCUUGUGUCGAACAAGAGGAAAAAUAAAGUAUUGGUUGCCGAAGCACCUCUUACAUUUUGUAUAAAUCCUGGAAGAAAACAAGUUAAUUUUUCAUAAUGUUUGUACUUGUAUUGUGUGACUGUCUGUAGGGUUUCUGUUGCUGUCAUACCAGUGUUGCUUUGCCAGCUGCAUAGAGAAGGUGCAGAUAAUGAAGAUGGAGCCAAGGCCCCCUCCAUCUCCAUCAUUUCAAGUGAAUACCUGAGAGCGUCAUAAAGGGAUUGGACUGAAAAAUGUUGCAAUCAGGAGAGUAAAGGAGUGUCAAACAAGAGUUGGACGGUGGUAAAAGUUGGAAUGUCUUCCUUGUUGAUCAGUGCUUCUGCUAGCCAGUGGUUUCACCAUGGCAGGACUACGACAGUGUCUUUGUUGUCCCUACUGUUUGCUAUUUUCAGAAUGGUUUGUCUCUUCUUUUUUUAAGGGGGAAAAAUAUGAUAAAUGUUUCUUUUGACAAAAAGUAUGAUGUCAAUGCAAUGCACCACUCCUUAAAUGGUGUGUACCUGUUGCCAGCAUGGCAAUGGAUGGCUUAACAUGUUUAAGAAAUAAAUAUAUCAGCUAAAAGGUGUGAUAAAGAAUGAGUUUGAA